AUUACCCCUCCCCAUUCUUGCCUGAAAUCCUCCGGCCAACCUCAGCCACCGCCGCCGGCCGGACUCUCUUCCCUCCUGACUUUGCAAUCACGUGGGAACAAUAGCUGCCUGCCGGUCGCGUCUCCAGAGCCAAUGGCAGCCGCGCAAUCGGUGAAGGGCUCGGAGAUGGCUAGCAGGGCAAGAGGAGGAGGGCUCUGAGGGCGCGGACAGGGGUGGCCCGUCUCGAGCUCCCUCGGCGGCGAAGCGACCCCACGUCCUCCUUCUGCAGACCGCGUGCUGAAGAGAUCGGGAGAGGAGCUGCGUAGCAAAGCAACGCGGGACCUCACUGCGUGCAGACCAAGAAAACAAGACCUAAGAAAGCUAGAAAUAAUGGCUUCCGAUGCUAGCCAUAUGCUUGAAGCUGCUUUAGAGCAAAUGGAUGACAUCAUUGCAGGUACCAAAGCAGCUGCAGAAUAUACAAAUGGUGUCUAUGAUAUGGUGUCACCUGCUCAGUCAAUGUAUUUUGGCACACUCCAAAUCCUGCACCUACUGGAAGACCUGAAAAUGGCAUUAGAAAUGCUCAAAGACCCACAAGAAAGAGAAGCAUUGCGGAAUCAGAUACCAGGGACUACUGCGGCAUGCAUACAUGACUGGCUGGAGGAAAAUCUGUCCCAGGUGAAUCACCAUACUUCCGCCAGUAAUGAAACCUAUCAAGAACGGCUGGCAAGAUUAGAAGGCGAUAAAGAAUCUCUUAUAUUACAGGUGAGUGUUCUCACAGACCAGGUGGAGGCCCAAGGAGAAAAAAUCAGAGACCUAGAAGUUUGUCUUGAGGGACACCAGCUGAAACUAAAUGCUACUGAAGAAAUGCUCCAACAGGAGCUGCUCAGUCGGACAUCGCUAGAAACUCAAAAAUUAGACCUAAUGGCAGAAGUUUCUGACCUGAAGAUUAAAAUGGCUGGUAUGGAGAAAGAGCAGAGCGAAUAUGAAGAGAAGCAGAACAAAGCUGAGUCAGUAGUGAACCUGAUCAGUGAACUGCAAGAACAGAUGUGUAGACUGCAAUUGGAGAUUAAUAGUAAAAUCCAGGAAAGAAAGUCCAACAGUAGGAAGCCAAGCAUGGCAGCAGUUGGUCCUCAAGACAGCACUGAAUCAGUAACAGAGAUCCCUACACAGAAGAAUUGCUCUUGGUGUGAUAAUUUGUUACAGGAACUGAAACACCUAAAAAUUAAAGUUGAAGAGCUAGAAAAUGAAAGAACUCAGUAUGAAUGGAAGCUCAAAGCAACUAAAGCUGAAAUAGCACAGCUUCAGGAACAAUUAGCUCUAAAAGAUUCAGAAAUUGAACGAUUACAGAGCCAAAUCUCAAGGACUUCUGCAAAUAAUGAAAUUGCAGAAAGAGAGGAAGUAUAUAGGCGAAGGCUAAAAGAAAAACAUCAAGAAGUCCAACGUCUGAAAGUAGGAAUGGAGUCAUUAUUAGCUGCCAAUGAAGAAAAGGACCGCCGAAUAGAAGAGUUAACAGUUUUGCUAACCCAGUACCGAAGGGUAAAGGAGAUCAUGAUAGCAGUCCAAGGUACUUCAGAAAGAGUUUUGUCUGGUAGUAGUGAAGAUGAUUUUGAGACAACUUUGAGAAAAUGGAAUCCCAUGAAUAAGUUCCCAAUAGAACUAUGUAAACCAGAGGUACCUCAAGGAGAAUUGACCCCACCUAUGUUGCUUCCACCACCUCAAAAAGCACUGGAAAUCAGUGGAAGCUCUCCAAUUCCUUCAAAUAAUCUAUUGUCUACAAAUGGGGGAAACCUCGAACUUCGAAACAGGGUGUGUCAGAAAAAAAUUUCAAGUAGUCUAGAAGAUUUGCAAAGUGAAUCCCUGGAAAAGCAUGUAGAUGGGAAACCCGUAGAACGUGAUAUAGAGCAAGAGAAUAAGUCUCAUAUGAAAAGCAGCAAGUACCAAACCUUACCGGGGAAGCUGCUUCGAGCUGCACACAAUGGUGAUAAUGGGGUAUACAAUUCACCUGCUUCCCCGAGCGCAUGUCGUGUGAACGGCAGUGAGGACAACAGCAUGCAGAACCUGAAUCGCAUCAGGAGUGUCAGUGCACCAAUAUUAGGGGACUCUGACAACAUGGACGGUACAAUGACUUCAGAUGACCUUUCACCAUUUUCUUCUGGAACGGAAUCUGGUGCACAGUCUCCAUUGUCUCCAGAAAGUAAAAGAAGCCCAAAAGGAAUAAAGAAAAUAUGGGGAAAAAUACGCAGGACUCAGUCUGGUAACUUCCCUGGUGAUGAUCUGGGCUUGGUUGAAUUUCGAAGAGGUGGCCUCCGUGCAACAGCUGGACCUAGACUGUCUCGGUCGAAGGAAACCAAGGGACAGAAGAAUGAUCAUAAUGCUCCAUUUUCCCAGUGGGGCACUGAACGUGUUUGUAAUUGGCUUGAGGACUUUGGUCUUGGUCAGUAUGUCAUUUUUGCACGGCAGUGGGUAACAUCUGGCCACACACUUCUAACAGCAACACCGCAGGAUAUGGAAAAGGAGCUAGGAAUAAAGCAACCUCUACACAGGAAAAAAUUGGUUUUGGCCGUUAAAGCUAUAAACACAAAACAAGAUGACAAGUCUGCACAGUUAGAUCAUAUCUGGGUGACACGGUGGCUUGAUGAUAUCGGCUUACCUCAGUAUAAAGACCAGUUUCAUGAAUCAAGAGUUGAUGGCAGAAUGCUGCAGUAUCUCACUGUGAAUGACCUCCUUUUUCUCAAAGUCACAAGCCAGCUGCAUCAUCUCAGUAUUAAGUGUGCCAUUCAUGUACUGCACGUGAAUAAUUUCAACCCUCACUGUCUACGGAGGAGGCCAGCAGAUGAGAAUAACAUUUCACCUUCUGAAGUAGUCCAGUGGUCCAAUCACAGAGUGAUGGAAUGGCUCAGAUCAGUAGAUCUGGCAGAAUAUGCACCAAAUCUUCGUGGAAGUGGAGUUCACGGUGGCCUUGUUAUCCUUGAACCUCGUUUUAAUGGUGAUACUCUGGCAAUGCUUCUCAACAUUCCACCUCAAAAGACGCUGCUAAGACGCCACUUAACCACUAACUUCAAUGUGCUAAUUGGACCAGAUGCACAACAAGAAAAAAGGGAAAUCAUGGAAUCUACGGCUUAUGCGCCUCUGACUACCACUGCUAAAGUCCGGCCAAAGAAACUUGGAUUUUCACAUUUUGGAAACUUAAGAAAAAAGAAAUUUGAUGAAUCUACAGACUAUAUCUGUCCUAUGGAUGCAAGUCCCAGUACAGCCAGUAGUACUCAGAAGAGCUAUGGAGCAUACAAAGUGCAUAACGCACUCCCUGACAAAGAACUAGACAAACUGGAUCAGUUGCUGAUUUUACAGAUGGAACAUUCAGAAGGAACAGUAAUGCAAAUAGGGGAACUCUCUCAAGGAAUAAACAACCUCACGACUAUGUUAAGCCAAGAUCAGAUGUUGAAUGAUGACAGGUUUUUAACAUCUGCUUUUGAGGACUGGAGAUGAAGACUCCAUAUGACCAACAUCACUCUAAUACCUCAUUUGUUUUGGGAGAUAUGACUGGUGCAGGCUGGGUGCUAUGUUUAAAGAUUUGCAACUGUCUUUUCCACUGAAACAUGUGAAACCUUUGUGCUGUUUUUCAACCUCCACCCUACCAGGGUGAAAACCCUACACCUAGGUACUAGAUAUAUGUUCAUGCAUUCAAAGAACCUAUGCAACACUUACAAGUGGGAAAUACUAAGAGUGUGUGUGUGUACACACACACACACACACACACACACAUACAUAUAUAAAGCACAGUGAGCCACUUAUUGGUCAGUGAUCCAUUUUCUAUAUUUUGUAUUUCUAAAAAGACUUGCUUCUGGUGCAGACUGUGAGAAUCCCAUUACUUUUCUAAGGUGCAUUUUCUUCUGAACAACUAGUGUAACUAGUGCAUGGACUUUAUUUUCGAUAUCAUAUAGCUAUAGCAUGAGAGAGAGAAUCACCUGAUAUGAUGAUGUUCUGUUUACCUCUUAUGGUAAAACUGCAAUUAGUUUGCCAUGUUUUGGACACGCCUAGUGUUUAAAGAGAGAGUUCCUGCCCUGCAUUCUGUGUUUCUACCUCCCCUGCAUCUUGCUGUAUUUUGAACUAUGCCUGUGUUCAGCAAUGAGAUAAUCAGACCUUAAUCAACAUAAGGCUAGAGGUAAAGUCUAGAAAAUUGAUCCUUGGCUGUCGUAUUUCUUUCUAAGAUGCUUCGUCCUCACACUAGACAAGCUAAAAAUAGAAGAAACUCUUUGAUCAAGGCUGUAAGUCUUCCCUGUCAACCUUGAAUAACUAAAAUUUGUUUGCCUUAAUUGCUAUCCAUGAAAUGAGACCACCCUCUUGCAGUUCUGCUAUAGGGAUUUCUAUGAAAACUAUGUCCAGUGUAGCUUGCUGUUUAUUACAUCUGUCACAUAAAAGUGAAACAUGAAUCUUCAGAAGAUGAUGCCUAGAAGAGCAUGGAAAAGACUUGAAGAUUAGCCAGAGAACCUCACCUGGGCUUAUUCUUUCUCCAGGUAUACUGAACAUUGCAAUACAGAAGCUACAUCAAGGGCUCUCCACAUACUAUAGGUUGAAUCAGGUCUUGCUUGCUUAAUAAUGUCUAUCACUAGAAAUCCAGUGAAAACUUCAGAGCAACAAUAAAGUAACAAGCGCUAACACCUUGAAACUUUAUAGCCUGAGCACUGCUAUUGAAUAUUCCACCAGUUCCUGUGAUAAACUACAAGUUGUUUGACAAUUUAGCCAUUGAUGCUAAUUUGCAAAACAAGUGCAGAUCGUUAUAGUUUCAGUGCUCACAGGACCUAACCUUAUCUCAUACACAGCUGAUUUCUUUCUGAUAGGUACCUUAGCAAUGUUAGUUGAAAAAGGUAAUGAUAUUUAACGCAUCAAGAUUGUCCAUUAUUCUUUUUUCUAAGUGGAAUUCCUAGGUCUUCCUUAAACCAGCAGAGAGCAGAUUAGCUUCCAGGCAGGGUAUUUAUUAGGUGAGAAAACUAUGUUUUCCAUAAUAGUUUCAUUUUCCCACUGAGAUUCCAGUUCUGUCUGGUUCCAAUUUUAAUAGCAAACAAGAAGUCUGUUUAUUUGCAUCUGCUCUAUCAUACCAUUCUGGCUAUCUGCAUCAUUAUACAUGCUUAGCGCCUACUAGUGACACAAAUGUUCACAAAAUACAUUCCAAAUAUAACCUGUUGUUCUAAUAAUAAUGUUCUCUUGACUGUUUUCUUCCUGUUGAAAAUCUGUUUCAUAUUCCACCAAAGAGAUCCAUUUAAUCUAAUUGUAAGACUACUAAAAUCCAGGCAGCCAACCAAUAUUUCAGAGUUAAGUAAUGGCUUGUACGAGAGACAUACUUGGUCACCUGUUACUGUGAUUUUCAGACUUUUGGCACAUGUUGAUAUUGUAAUACAGUUCUGGAUCUAGACC